CAGUAGGAGAGUGGAGGAGAAGCCCGAGAGCUGGAAAUGGCCGCAGCUGGGAAUGAACGCUCUUUCCAUGUUUGUUCCCCUACGCACAGUAUCUGAAAACCUUUUUCUCCUGCAGCAGAAGUACAGCAACAUCCCCUGUUUCUGGGAAAAACAACCAUCAGGCUGCUUGAGGAUCAGUUGCGCCUUCCAUCACAGCAAACCUCGCAGCAUAAAUGGACUUUUUUUGCCGCCGAGUAACAAUGCCCCAUUGCAACAAGGUGUCCAAGAAGGGAUUCCGCACCCAGCCCAUGGUCAAGAGUCACUCAGAAAUCAAAAGAAUAUUUUACGACCAAUUCACCCUCCACUGACUAUACACCUCAACGAUGAAGACGACGAUGAGGACGAUGAUGAAGAGGAGGAGAACGGUGCUCCUGACUGGGUGCCUCAGACUGCUGCAGACCUUGAAGAGGAAAGAGCAAUAAAGGAAAUAUGCUAUCAAUCUGGAGAGUAUUACGGGAUUCAGUACCCUCAGGAACACCAAUCAACAAAAACUGUGUCUUCACCUCGGGAAAACGAGCUACUACCCUGGGAAGCUACCGAGCGAGACUUGCAGGCAGGCGACGGUGAUACAGUUCCUACAACAUUUAAGAAUGCAAAAGGAGAAGGAGAGAGCUCAGGAACGACAGUACCAGCAGAGACCAUUCCCAGAACAGAUCGUGGAUCCUUUGAAAACGGAGGAAUUCACACUCCAGACCCCAAAGCAAAACCACGUCGCCAACAAGGGGUCAAACAGUACCUGAGCCGUAUGCUGGGAAAUGCUCCAAACAAAAGAAUCAGCUUGACGCAAAUAGAAGAUUUUGGACCCAAACCGAAAGCUAUGACCUGCGGCGACACUUCCCGCCGCCUGGGUCUCCCCUCCCGCAGCCGGCCCGGGCCGGGCCGGGCGGACCUGGCACGGUCGGUGCUGCUGCCUGUCCCGGCCCGCCGCGGCACUGCGGCCCCGCCCGCCUCCCGCCCGGCCCGUGCCGCCCCGGCCACCUGGCGCUCCCGCUUGGCCGACGGCUCCUCCUUCACCUCGGUCACGAACAGACACGGCACCUUCCGCUGCACCGCGCCGCCGGCUCAUGGCCCCGGCCGGACGGCCGACCGCUCGCCGGGACGGCGGGGCGGGGCGGGGCGCGGGCGGUCGCCUCUUCUCAGCAGCCCUCAGCGAGGCGCUGGCUCCACCGCCGGCGGGGCCGGCCGCGGGCCUGGGGCAGCUCCGCUUUCCACAGCGGCGGCUCCCGCCGCGGCAGGGCCGCCCGCCCAGCUGUGCUCGGCGCCGGGCUGA